AUGGCGACGCAUGAUUCUCUCCAUUUUGUUGGCUUCGAGGAAGACAGGUACGCCGCCUGUUACCUCAUCUACCACCAGGACCGACUCCUCAACUAUGAGAACACCAACUUCAUCAUUCGUUCUUUCUCAGUCGACCUUAAAAAACUCAUUGGCUUCGUGGCGAACGAAGGAGAGAAGUCUGUGCAACUGGUUCUUGGCGAGACACUUGAUGGCUUCCUUCGUGUUUCUGUAACCGAUAGUGAAGCCGGAGAUGUUUUCUAUCUGAAAACAAAAGAAGUCCGCGAGCCACCAGCUUUAAUGUCAGACCCAGCGAACCCACUUGUACUCAUGCCAGCGAAUAGCUUCUGCGCUGCCAGUGAAAAAAUGGGUUUAGGCGGCGAUAUUACGACCAUUAGAAUUCUUCCGAUUACUUCGAACCUCGAAUUCAUGUCGGAUGGAAAUUCCAGACAGCGAAUCAAGAAAGUCUUCGCCUCAAAUGGAGACUCGGCUGUGCAAGUGAUUCCUGACGGAGUUUCAACGCAUGCGAAUAUCAUCACAAGUUGCCUGCGUAAAUAUGCGAAAGCGCUUGCUGAGUAUUGCCGCAACGAAGAAGCCGACAUGGCAAUCGAAAUGACAAUCGAUAUGGCGAAUAACCCAUUGAAAAUUGAAAUCAGCAUUCGUGGUCUAUCGGUCACCACUCUUUUCACCCAACCGCUGCCAAGCGAAGAUGUGCACUGUUAUGGUGAAAUGGGCGAUGAUCAAUGGGAUGAUCAACUACGAACUCGUUUCAUUCGUGUUCACGCGACGGCUUCUUCGACUCCACAGCCGCAGGAGGGGGAAAAAACUCCAUUGCUAGAAGGCGAGAGCGAUGAUGAUCGAAACUCCGGGAUGAGUGCGUACGAAAAGGCUCAACAAGAGAAUGAAAAGCCUGACGAGAACAACAACAUUGAAUACGAGCCAUCUGAGAAGAACAACUCUGCCGGGUGCUCGCCAGGAAAAAAAACGGAUGAGAACAGCCGUGAGACCCGACGCGACAAAAAACGACCUCGACGAGAAUCCGACGAGAACGCAUAA